GGGGCUUUCCGGCACCUCCGAGGGGGCUGAACACGCGCUGAGUAUCCGUGGAGGAGAGAGCUGCAACCGGAGGAACCGAGCCGAACACCCGCCGGAGGAACGAAGACACCCGGGGACGACUUUAACCCAGCUUUCGGUCGGGGAACCAGGGCAGGGGGGAGGGUUGGGGGGCUCGAGUACAGAAGAAUGAGAGAGCCCUCUUACCAGAGGGGGCGAAAACAUGAACGGGGCCGUAUACAUUUCGUUUUUCCAGGGCCAGCUGGAGUCCGUGCUGGAGCAGGUCGUUCAGCUCGCCGUGCAGGAAAUAAGCAAGACGGUGGGCUCUAGUCUGAACACGCUGCUGCUGGAGACGGCCGUGAAGGAGCAGGAAAACCACCGGCUUCGUCUCCAGCUGCAGUCCAGGGAGAGCCGGGGUCGAACCAACAGCAGCCCCGCGGACAGCGGAGGCUCCCCGGCCACUGGUAAGAGCAAAGCGGCGGGGGACGAGCGGGCAGACAGAACAAAGCCCGAGCAGAGGCAGCAGACGAGGCAGCAACACGCCCCCGGAGGGCAGGGCGCCGAGCCCGGCAUACCCACCGACACACGCCGCCUGGAGCAGAGAGGACGAGUCGUGGGUGAGCAGCCGUUAUACAACACACACUCACAGUCACUCACAAACACAUUCACGGUGCAGAGCAGCGGUCGGCACUCCUCCCUCUGUCUCUGCCUCCGACAACACGCGGGAUUGCGUAACUGAGCAGGCCGAUUUCAGGCUUUCUGUCUAAACUGCAGAGAAAGCGAGGCCUGCAGGUGAUAAAUGAAGAUUUAUGAGCUCUCUAAUAUGUUUGACAGCACAAAGAAGUCUCAGUCUGAGGGAAACCUGCGACUCCAACAGGAGCAGGGCCCGGGGGGUCAGGACAACUUUUAAUUGGGCUUUAAUUGGAGCACAAUGAAGCAGAGGCUUGGUGUAAUGGUUAUAAUGGAGAACCAGCAGCCAUGUGUGGGUGUCAUGUCACAUCACAUGUGCUCACUGUAAAGCGUCAUGUCAAAACAGGUUGAAGAGGAAAAGUGGCUCAUUGAGUAGAGCAGACUGGAAACACCUCAGUGUGAAGGUAAAAUAAAGCACACCUUUAUUCCAGCAGACUGGAUCACAGAGAAGAUUUAUGGUUUCUGUAGGAGCAGAGGGCGGAGGGGCUGUGGUGGUGGUAAGGGGCCACCAGGACAAAGAAGUAACACACUAUAGAGACGGCCUUGUGGUGGAUCGACCCCAGCGACGUUUAAAUCAGCAUUUCAUUGGUGAGAAAAGGGCUGAGGCGGGAAAUGAGAGGACAAAGAUGUAGCUCAGGCAGUGACCAUUCAGAAUGGCAGAUAGUGUCCUCUAGGAUUUUUAUGGGAGAGAAUCAAAAAUGAAUGUGCUGUCAGAUCAGCUCCGAAAGGCUGAAAACGCCCCCAGGAAGGCUUAGAUUGUUGUUGCGCAUCAGAGAUUUAAUGGAGGUUGAGGUAAAGCCUCAGGCCUGAGUUCGGUUUAAGUAUUUUUCACACGUUUAGACUGGAGAUGACACACUGAGAAAGUUUUAAAACUGAUUAUUUAAUCUGAAAACAGUGGCAAAGAUUUCAAUGAUAUUUACUAAAUCUUUUCUGUUUUAUGGAGGGUUUGCUUUCUACUGCAGUUUUCUUAAAAGGUAAACUCGAUCUUAUCCUAUAGGAGCUGUUUGUUUGUGAGUAAAGACAUCGGUAACAGCUGUAUGAUUCAUAAAGAUUGUCAAUGUGUGGCCAUUUUCUUGUGACAUGCAGGACUAAAUCCAAAUAAUGGAUCUUGUGUUAUUGGUAGAGUAUUGAUGUCUCAGCCUGUCUGCUACCCAAACAUGCUUAACAUAUCUACUGAAGAAAAAGAAAUAUUCCUCAGGUCUGUGGGUCAGCAAGGUCUGCAGAGUCCCCAACAGGCUGAUUUAGUCUUAAGAAAGGUAGAACAGUAAACAGGAGGUCAACAUAGUCUACAGCAGGACAGCAAUGUCUAAAAUUAGUCGGGGCAGGUGAGCAAUAUUUUCAGAAGGUUUGCAGUUGACUCUAACAGGUAAACAGGUCAAGUCUCAGCAGAGCAGCACAGUCCAUGACAGGGUAAGCAGUAUUACUAGUGUACUUUUGCAGUCUAAAGUAGGUCAACAAUGUCCACAGGAGAUCAUCUGAGUCUGCACUAGAUCAGCAAUGCCAAUAGUAGGUCAGUUAAGUCUGUGUUAUAACGUAAUCUACAUCAAUGUCUAGAGAAGGACAGCAAUGUCUUCAAGUAGUCAGCAAUCUCUUCAGCAGGUAAACAAUAUUUCAGUAGGUUUUUGGUCGAACUAAAUGGGUAAAUAAAGCAGGUCAGUGAUGUCUACAGCGUACUGGCAUAGUUAUAAAUUGGUCAACAAUGUCUAUAACAGGUCUGCAAAGUCAGUAAUAGGAGAGCUAACAAAGACUGAAACUAGCCAGCAUUGUAAAAUGCAGGUCAACAAAGUCUUGUCAACGUCAGCAAUGCCAACAGAUCAGUAAAGUGUACAACAAGACAGCUAUGUCUGCAGCAGGACAGCGAAAUUUACUGCAGGUCAUCUGAAUCUACACUGGGCUGGCAAUAUCUGCAGUAGGUCAGUAGGGUUUAUUUUAUGAUUUACAGUAGGACAGCCAUGUUCGCAACAAGUUCACAGCAUAAUGUAGGUCAAUAGAGUAUACAGUAGGACCGCAGACUCAGUAGUUUACUAGUGUGGUUUACUGUUGGCCAACAAUGUCUACUGUGUCAGAGCAACAUUUCUGGCAGCUCAAAACAUACAGCAGUUUGGCAAAAACAAUCUUAGGAAAGAAGUGUUUACUGCAGGCUGCCAUAGGCUGGAAAAAGUCAUCUAAGUCAACAAAAGUUUGACAAAGUCCACAAAAACUUAGCAAUGCCUUCUGUAGGUGAACAAGGUCUACAGCAGGCCACAGCAAACUGAAACAGGUCAGCAAAGUCUUUAGGGUUACAGUCUACAAUAGGUUCGUAAAGCCUAAAGAGGGACAGCAAGGUCUACUAAAGACUAUCGCAGACCGAAGCAGAUGAGCACAGUCUACUUUGAGCCAGCAAUGUCUUCUACAGAACAACAAAGUUUACAUGAAGUCAGCAAUGUCAAUAUUUAGACAGUAAAUUUUAUUUCAAGACAAUGUAGUCUACAGCAGGACAGCAAUGUCUACAAGGUUGGUUUUAGGGUAGAUCAAUGUUUAAUAUAUUAGUAGUUUGUGAGACCAGCUGAUAAUUAGAAACAAUAUUUUACAGUAAAAACCAGAAACUUUUUGUUAAAAAGUAGGAUUUGGAGAAUAAAGUUCCAAUGAUUUUCACCUUUUAUUUCGGCUGAUACUGACAUUAGUACCAGUAUGUAUAUUUAGUGUAAAAGACCAUCAAGUCCAUCAGCUCCCAAAUACUGAGCUAAUUUAAAGCAAAGGUAACCUCAUGACUUCAAGAGAAAGGGCUCUUCAGACUGCACUCUUUGAUGUAUUAACAACAAAAUACAAGAGAAACUCAAUCUAGCAACGAUCAAAGUCUCCUUACACAAAGUAGAAAAUUAAUAUACUAAAAAGAAACCUCUCACAGAACAGGGCUUGGACCAAGCUGUGCUUCAGAAAUCAACAUUUCAACACCUCUACCAAAUAAUCCUGUAGGAAUUAUAGAAAUUAUUACUAAAAGCUUGAAAGUGUUUACAUGUACCGGAUGUGGUCGAGGCAUGGAGGGGACUCCGGGGAUUAUUUUCCAGUAUUUAUCUGCUCCUGCAGGAGACAAUAUAAACCAUUAACCUCCUUCUGUUUUCUUUGCACUGCACCACCGCUCACUAAGUCAUGAAGAGGAGGAGGUUAUAUGCUGCAAGGUCAUUACACAAAACAAUCACAGACCUAUUCAGUAGACAAAUCCAAGUCACUGUUAUGAAGAAAUGGUCAGAAUACGCAGCAUUUACCUCUGUCACAAUAACACAAAGAUGUACCAUAUUCAAUGACGUAUAAAUAAAAACAUGUUUGGGAUAGUUGGAGGAGAUUUCCUCAGCCUGCAGCUAUCAAAUAGAUCCAGGCUGUCCUUUCUGCUGCCUGGGUGUGGUUUCAUCACAUAAAAGGUUUUAGUGUCUGACCAACUUCCAUAAUCUGUCCUUGAUAAGAUCAUCCACCAUUCUCCAAAAUAUUCUUCCUCACGCUUUUUCUGAUUCCUGUUUGGCAGCUCCUUGAAAAUUUGCAGAAAUAUGGAUGAAAUGAUUUCAGGGUGUGGGCACAAGGCUGUCUGUAUGCUGAGAGGACAUAAAGCCUCACCUAUCUGUUACAGACAGUGUUGCAAUGUCAUUUAGCAGACGCUUUUGUCCAAAGUGACUUACAUAUGAGAGAGACACAACACAACACAAGCGAGACUGAGAUAAAAAAACAACAUGAGUGAAUGUCAAAAUCUGGUGCAACUGGGCAUGUUGCUGUCAUGCAAUAAAUCAGGGAAUGCACUUUUUUUUCUCUUCAAAGCAAUGUAUAACAAGCAUCAACCAAGGAAACCAUGACACCAUGACACUGUCAUCAUCAUCACCAUCUAUUGUUACAGCAUCAUCCUUGUUAUCAUCACUAUCACCAUUAUUUUCAUCAGGUGCACCAAGCGCAGAAACAUUCACAAAGAGUGAAUAGAAGGCAAAAUGCCUGGAGGUAUGUGACCACAUUAAAGACAGGCUUUUCUAUAAAAGAAGAUGAUUUCAUAACCAGAUAUGUUGCAGUUUUUCUGCUGAACGACGUUAGACCCCACUCUCUUGAUCUGGAUCUAUUUCAUCACACAGAUCAGGAGGUGCUGGUCCUCUGCAGCAUCAGUCUGUGUGUGUUUUGUUUUUUUUGUUUUACACCUGUCCUGUGUUGGAUCUUUCUUUACUAAAGAUUGUAAACUAGGCGUGGGUUUCGCUUUGUACCUAUGAUGCUGUAUCCCAUUAUAUUGAUAAUGACAGGAUACUCUGAUUCUGUGAUUACUGAUAAACUGCAACUCUGAUAAUGACUGAGUUCGUGCUUUGUUUCUUUAAGUCUAUUCUCAGCUUCAGAUCAUAUCUCACUCCUCUUGAUAUCACACAGUGUCCAACCUUCUGACACCUGCAAAGUAACGCAAACAAGAGGAAGAGAGAGUAGAGAUGGAGGGGAAUGUUGCUUCAUUUAAUUUCUGUGGAUGUUAAAAAUGUUGUUUAAUCUGCGCCACAAGCUGUGAUGGUUCCUCUAAUCAAACUGAAAGAUCACCUGCUUUUCUGUUGAUGAAUUUCGCGUCACUACGAUGUUUACCCACUGCAGGUGUAGAAUUUAAAAGUAAACGCUCUGUGAUUCUGUUAGAUCAGCAGUCUGUGUGUGAGUUCACAAUGUUGGUGAGCCAUGAGGCAGGUGGGACAACACUGUAUAAUCCGUGUCACUUCAUCAAGUGUUUGUCAGUUGACUAUGGCAGUGUUGCAGCUUUUGUGCAUGUUUACAUUCUAAAGUUUUGUGACACAUAUUUGUAUGGAUGAUUAUCUUAAAAAAGUGCUGGAACGGAGUCCCGCCAUCACUACGGCUUUGCACUCACACAUUGAAUUGCACGGCAAUGUUGUUUCAGAGUAAGAUCACACAUCAUGUUGUGGUGGGAACUCCACAUACACUCACACACAAUGUUGUUCUGACCUGCUGGCUCAGGUACUACACAUUAAGGGUGGGCCAAGACAUUGAUUCUUAGAUGCAUCACAAUAUGACAUGUGAUGAUCAAAUUACGAUUAACAAAUGUUCAGAAAUUGAUCAUUUGCCAUGAUAGUGCAGUUACAGAAACACCUGAGAGUUUGCCAGAACAUAGAAAGCCGCCCAGACAGUUUUAAGGGACAGACUAACCCCAAUUUCCACCACAUCUGUAACUGAAGGCUGUAUCCACUGGUUGCAGCUGAUCGGAACCAUUCAAGUUAACGUGUCAAUUCUCGCGAUUCCCUCUGUCUGUAAUCUGCCACAAAAUUUGCCUCAUAAACGGAUUUGGUAGGAAUUGGCGGGCGGCGAAAAUCGCUGCUGUUCCCGAUCGGAGCCAUUUCGGAUGCGGUGGAAAUUCGGGGUUAGACUGUUAGCCAACAAAGCUGCUGUUAACUCACUAACUACUACCACUGAACGUGAGGUUCACCCUUCAGGAUUAAAAUCCAGUGUGUGAAGGAUUUAAUUCUGUCUGUUCUUAUUCUGUUCAUCUGCCACUCAUUCUGAUUUAAAGCUGCUUUUGGUUGUGGAUAGCAAAAUGUUUGAUUGUUGUGGGGUGCUAUACUAGAAGCUGUAAUUACUACUGAAGUUAAGUUAUUGUUACCUUAUGUUUGAUUAGAUUUAAGCUGUAAAAGCUAAUAGUUAUCACACUUUAUGUAAUAGGAACAGCUUGUAGUUGUAAAAAAAAGCAUUGCAUCAUUUGGUCUAAUAAAAAUAAAUUAUCAAGGAUUAUCAAAUCCUGAAUGGGGAAAAAGAUGUAUCGAUAAUUGUGAUAACUGUAAUUAUUGUUUAGUAAUCGAAUCGUUGCACCCUGAAUCGUAAUCGAAUGGUGCCUAAAAUGGCACACCCCUUCUACAGAUCACCUCCUCCUCCCCUCCACUCCUCCUCUCUUACUCUCUUUGUGUUACACCUUGCAGAUGAGGAGCAAUUGGGUGUAAAUAUCCUGUCGUGAUAGAAAAGACAGGAUGUAAGUGGCUUCAGAUCAGUUCUGGACAAUGAGAGAGUAGUAACAGCAUGACAUGACUCAGGUCCUGUGACUAACAUCCCACAUUCUGCGAUUUGACGACAGUGUGCACAUACAACUGCGAAUACCAUAUAGUUCAGCCCUGCUUAUAGUAGACUGGACCCUUAAGUAUUUAUGAAUGAUAAAAUAUUAAAAAAACAAACCCUUCUCCAAUCAGCGUUGACGUUGCUUCUGAAAUGAUAAACUUUUUGUUUCCAUCAUUGAUAUAAAAAUAACUGUUGUCCGGGGGGCACUGAUUUUGUUCGGUCAAUCAUUGUGAACUGAGAGCUGUUCAGUUCACAUAUGUGAAUCAGACGCACAUUUAAAGGUAGAGAAUCCAAAGUGUGUGCCUUUCCUUUGUUGAAUGUCUUCUAUCAAUUAUUAAAAAGGUCGAUGCAGCUCCUUUAAUCAGCAGCAUGUGAAAAUCAUAUCAGACUAUAGCAGAUCCAGACGAGCCAGAUGCAUCACAGCAGGAUGGUCUUCAUCCAUCAGAGAGCGUGUCACAGUAUCCAGCUGCUGCAGUGUGUGUCGAUGCAUGUCUGUGUGUGUUUGUGUUUGUUUGGGUGUGUUUUUCGCUGCAUGGCUGCUGCAGCACAAACAGACUCUUUUCCACAUGCAAAGACACGUGAGGAAGAAGGACGCCUCUCAUGCAUGCAUGCACACAUUUGUGCACUCGAACGCAAACGCACUGCUGACACGCAAACCUUCCUCACCCGCCUCACCCCCGCCCCCUCCUCAUCUCCCAUAAAACCAGGCCACUGCCAUCAUGGCACGCCACGAUCAAGACCGCAGAGGAGCUCAGGACAGAUUGUGACAUCACGGGGGGAGAUGACGAAUCACACCCUGACCCCGAGCGGGAUUUAUUUCCAACAAGCAAACAAAAGAACAUCAGCUUGUGGUGUGGGAUAAACACAAACACACGUCCACAGAGGACAAGUUUACGAGUGUAGCACCUUCUAGCAGCAGUUACAUAACAUUGAAAGGCACCAAGACAGAAAGGAAAUAUAAAAGAGGAAUGAGAGAUUUAAAGAGUGAAGCAGAGUAAAAAAUUAAAAACAAAGAACAAUGAGACAAAUCACAGGCUAGUCAAAGAAGAAGAGAAAGUGAGCAGAAGAGUCUCCAAUCUUGAUUUAAAGCAGCAGACCUCAAGUUUUCAUGUGGUUUCAGCAAGAACCUGAAUUCAUCUUCCUCAGGUUCAGUCUGACCCCUGAUCAGCUGAGAAAACUAGUCGCUUUGUUCAUGCUGCAGAUCUGAAACAAAACAGAUACCAACCAGAGGAUUGUACUUUCUACCGUGAAAUCUCCAAGGCCCGACCAUCAGGUUGAUGUGGUCUCUUAUUAGUAGAAAACCUCUCCUGUGAUGCCUCACCUUCAACUCAGAUGUCAUAGAGGCCCGAUGGCAGGACCUGAUCACCACACUGAUGUGGGAGCGUCAGAGGUAGUAACAGAGGGGCUACAAGGUAAGACAGGAUCACUGUGACCCAUGGAGCAGGCAGGGCGGAACAGCUCUGUGUGUGUGUGUGUGUGUGUGUGUGUGAGAGAGAGAGAAUGUUUGUAUGUAAAACACUGAAAACCUCUUUAGGUUAGAUAAACUGAAGUUGGCUUGGACAGAAGUCUUUUACUCUUAAUAUAGAGUAAAAAUGAUUUUGUCUUAUUUUGUCUUUAAUGUGGAUGUUUAAAAGCAGUUAAAGUUCAGGAGUAAACUCCUUUCUGUGAAGUUUUUGGUCUUCAAAAACUGGCUUUUAAUCUUUGGCUCUUCAUUUUUUUUUUUUUACUUUACUAAGUUAGAGUAAAUAAUAGCACAUUGAACAAAAACCUUUAAGCCCCACUCCAAUCGUAUAUUUUUUUAAUACUUCAUAACUAUUAAUUGUUCUCAGUGGUCGUUAAAUUGUGAUCAUGAAGUUUUUAGCCAAAAUCACUAAUCCAGCAGCUCAUUAGCAAUUCGCCUCUAAUUCGUGGGCGGAGACAGCCCUGUUUUCCACCCUCCUCUCUCGCUAGCUUGUAGUCUAAUGUUGUGAGUGUAGUAGAAGUGGCAGGUAACAUAGGAGCUGUUCAGCUCUCGGACACUAAUGUCUUUAAGAGCAUGAUGAAAUUUAAUAUAAUUUGCUUUCUUAAGAGCAUUGCAAUACGCUACCGCACAUACUUGUUCCGCAGUUGUCCUCUCUAGUUCUCGGAGUCUUGCCUGCAGAGGGGAGUGCUGGGGGCGGAGCUUGGAUUUGUGACGUAGAAAAUCAUUCUGUGUCUGCAUCUGCUGUUUGGGUUUGUGAGAGGUUCACAGAGAAAUACUGAAUGCAGAAAUACUCUGAAAUGCAAUUAUGCUCUUAGUUUUCUCAUUUUAUGUCCUCUAGCAUCAGAAAAAUGCUAUGUAAACAUCUUAUAUUACAAGAAAACAUGAUUUUAAUCGGAGUGGGUCUUCAAACAAUCCAAGUUGUGACUUUGCCACCCUUGUCAGUCACCUGACAGAUUUAGUCUGUAAUCAUGACAUUGUCAGUAUGCUGAUCCAGAAAAAUGAGAGAAGGUUUUAUUUUGUAUUUUGUGUUUGGUUAAACUAAGAAUUGACUGGCAUGUUUUUUUAGAGAUAAAACUUUACUGAAACGUCCUAAACAAAAGUCAUUCACAAAACUGGAGCAUUAAACGACAUGUCCUUGAACAUGCUGUCACACAGUCAUGUGACAUCUAGCCAAAGCAUCACACUUUUAAAUAAAUGAAUUUUUUCAGCCAUCUGUGAAAUAAACAGCCGACACAGAUUAUUUACAAAAUGCAGUUAUCUACCCCGAUUGACUCUUUGAUGAAGUGUUCUGCUCAGUUCAGGUGAUUUUUAACUUUUGGACCGAGCUGCUGGUCAGAGUACCUCUUUAGUUUCACUCCUCUGAUAUAAACUCAAACUGUAAAAAACAGCUUUAAGAAAACAUGCCUUAACAAUUAUCAUAUGCAUUAGUGUCACAUUCAUCUGUGCAAAAUGAGUCUGAGGUGAGCAGGAAAAACCUCUCAGUCUGAGUCGAGGUCUUUGGUCACUAUCUGUGGUUACCUCUCUGUCUGCAGAUGGAGGGUCAUCUGUGGGUCAUGAAGGGGGGAUCCUUCUGCAGACCUUUGAGCCUACACUCAUAGUUGGUUGGGGGGUGUAUGUGUUGUAUGUUGUAGCAGCCCCAUACAUGGCUGGCUGUGUUGCCUAUCAGCUCUCGGGACUCUGUCUUCUGGCGAUAACGGGUCCUCCUGUUUCCCAGGGACGUGAUUUAUUCUUAGUCUUUUUACUGAGAGCGUUCCAGAGCAGACGGCUGCCUGCAGAGUUACAGGCCCCCUGAGUCUGAGAGGGCGUGAUUGUGCUGGUCAGCUAUUCACUGUCCAUUCAUUUGCAUGUGUCUUUUAUUGCUUCAGUUUGAUACUGAGGUCUGCAGAGGAGACGCUGCUAACUAGCUACCUCAGCUAAAGUCCCAUGUGCUGAAGGGUUGACACUGUUGCUAAUCCUCUGUUCGCAGCAUUAAAGAGUAAUGAAAGAGUCGUGAAAUAUGAUUGCAGGCCUCUCUGAGGUUUAUGUAGCUGUCCAGGAGUGUCAGGGUUUAGUGUGAUCAGGGUUGACAGGAGCAGCAGACCGUCCGCAGGGCUAACUCACUAACACACUGUGAGAUAAUUAGGCCGCAGCCUCAACACCCCCAGGUCAAAGGUCGCUGUUUGUGUGGGGUCUAACAUGUGGAAAAGCGGGCCAAGCUUUCACUCCUCUUUGUCUGCUUUGGAGGGAAAACAAAAGAUGAAGGUGGAAGAGGAGGAGGAGAAAAGAAACGCUUGAGUGCUUCUGUUAGUGUAAGUUAUUAAAUGAGCCCCCACAGAGAUCUGAGACCAAACACGGACCCCCCCAACAAAAAAACCUGCAGGAGUCCAUCAACUGAAAUCCACCCUCAGACUAAACCUGAUUAUAGCUGACAUGUUGGUUUAAGCCUAAAGGACAGAGUCAUUCUAGUUUUUAAAUUAUCUGGAAAAUGAGAUUAUUAAAUAAAGAUAAAACAUUAAAACAAAGAGGAACGUGCACCCGGGCGGGGUAUCAUGUUUGUAAUAAAGUACAAAAAUCAAAAGUUUAUCUGUCACCUGAGAUUUAAAAGAAGAAAUAUGAAAAUCUGGAUGGUCUCAUUUAUGUCUGAUUAAUCAACCAAAAAGCUAAAAAUGAGGAUUGAUUUUUUCUAACAUAUCUAUCUGCUCUCCUUCUGCCUGCUGCUGCUUCUCUCCCUGCUCUCCUCUCUCCACCUGUGGCUGCCAUGUGAGCUUCAUUUACCAAAUACGCAGCACAAUAACCGUUCAAUCCUAAUUAUCACAUUUUUAUGGUCCUGGGAGCCGUUGUCAUAAUUGAAAUUGAAACCUUAUUACUGCCCACCUCUCAGAAAUGUUGCUUUUCCAUAGUGGUUCAGUUCAGUUUGGUAGUGUUUCUACAAUCAGCUGUACCCUGGGCUUUGAGCAGGGAGCAUGCUGGCUGAAUGACAGAAUGGCCUGAUUUUUGUUUCAGUGUGCGUGUCAACAGAUUACACUGUUCCUACUGUCAGCGUGGGCAGAGUGUCUCACGCCAAAAAUCUGGAGGGGAGGGGGUUUACAGAUUUUUGUCGAAUCUGUGCACCGAUUUAAGUCAAACAAACAAACAAAAAAAAAGACAAAUGAUGAGGACGCGUAGGACUGAAUAGACUCUAUCAGCUAUUUUUAUGUCACUGGUAAGAAAAAUAACUGUGCUAUAAUGUUUAGGAAAAUUCAUUCGGAAAAACGUCCUUUCUUUUUAACAGGGUGCUUUUAUUUUGGAGUUGUGUCCAGGACAUUAUUUAAUGAAGACGUACCAUGCACUUUCCUGAAUAAAGAAAUAAGCUAUAGAGACUCAAACUGUGUGUUUACCAGGCUGUAAACAUGUUUGUUACUGCUGUCAAAUUGUAAUAUGGGGCUCUAUGGGGACAAACUCGCUAAAGGACAAAGGCUCUAGUGGACACUGGAAGAACUGCAGGUCUUUCUCUUAGACAGUUUCAGAUGAAACCCGUGUCUGUGAACUCCUAGUGACCCCGCUGUGUUGCGUGCAGGCUUAGAUUCAUCCAUCACUGAGGGGGAGGCAGGGGGAGGGUGGGCUGGGGGAGGGGUAUUCAACAAAGUUAAAGAGAGAGCAGUUAGAGGAGAGGUCGCUUCAUAUAACCUAUAUAUCAUUAAUGUGCACAGACAUCCUCUGGCUCCUCCCACUCUCCAUGUACUCAUAUAAGCAUAUGGACAUACAUGUGGACAUGUGAUAAUAUGAGCAUAUGGACAUGUGGAGCAAGAGUCUGACCCUGAAACAUCAUACAACAGAGGGGUCAGCACAGCCCUCCCCUCCUGGAAACCAGAGCGUCUCAGAUUCUGAACCUUGGAGGAAAACACAGUUUCUGCUUUUUAUUUACAAGCUUACAUCAUUUACAUUAAAAACUUAUGUUAAACUUACUUUUUAUUGCAUUAAACCAAUGUAAGUACAGUAUUUACUACACCGAUUACAUUGAACUCUCCAUUCCUGUUAGGUGAAAUCUGCUAAUCUCCACUUUUUGGCUGAUGCUGUCAACAUAUGCCACGGAGAUUUUAAGCCCUGCCCACCAAAAUAAAAACCAUCAUAAUGUUAACACAGGAGCUGCGCUACCCUCUACCAGCUUUAUGUGUGUCUUUAUCACUCUUAAUAUUCAUCUAUAGUCUAAAGAUGCUACAAAGAACCAAUAGAAGUUCAACAAAUUACUACGUUUCUAAUUAAACUUUCAGGGAUACAACUUUAAAAUAAAAGCAUUAUGUGUAUGAGUCUCUUUUACAUGCUGCAGGAGGAACAAAUCAGCUGCAGAAGCAUUUUUUGAGGUUUUUAGGACCUCAUGAUAUUUAAGGAUAUAGUCCUGGUUUAUUAAUAUCAGAAUUCCCUUGUAGAAGUCCCUAAACAGUUCCUUAAAGCCUGUCAAACUGAGAGCCUCUUUGUUUCUCUAAAACGUCUCUCUGUCUUUAUUUUCUGUCGGGAGUUUUUAUUUAUAAUGAGUCAAUAACAUGUUGAAUUAUACGAACAGUAAGGUUUAUUGUGUCGUGCUAUGCCCUCAGUUCUGACUGACAGGAAACAGCGCCGUCAGCUGGUUUCCCUCCUCGGUGGGAAACUCCCCUCAGUGUGUCGCUUUCUAUCAGAUGUGUUCGUGGUCAUGAUUCUGGAUGCUGUUGCUCAGAGCGGUCUCAAUAUCCUGCUUUUGUUUUUGUGUGUUUGUUUGUGUGAAACCUCAACUCGACCACCAGGUUGUUAGGCCUGAGUGCUGAGUCAUGUUUAAACUGUGGAGCCAUGUUAGACGCAGUGACCAGCAGCACUUUAGCAGUCAUAAUGCGAUUAAAGUCAUUUAAAAGAUGUGAUUUGAUUUGCCGAAACUCAUUAUCAUGCCUCUCUCUGUGCUGCAUGGUUUGGAGGAAUUUUACUACGUCUUCGUAUUUUACACGGUCUUUGAGUUGUAAGACUUCGGUACAGCUUAUCUCUUCAUCAGCUGUUGCUCUUAAAUGUUCCAAGAAUAGAAAUUUAAGACUUGUUUUAAUGCAACACAAUAACAAUUCAUUAUCUUCACUAGUGGAGUCCCUCAGGGCUCAUUUCUUGGGCCUUUUCUAUUCAGCAGCCACAGUCCGUAACACUUCAAAUAGAAAAACUUCUGCGGGUAUAAAAAGGUGAUGCAUUAAUGAUGUGUAGGUGAUGACAGUUUGGCUGUAUGGAAAAGUUUUGAUGUGUCAAAAAAACAAAAAAAAAAACAAGGAGGAGACACAUAACCGGAAGUCUAUAUUUAAUAAAAAUACAUUAAUCAUCUAUGUUGAAGUCAAAUGUUACUCAUCUAGUUUGUCUGGUUUAUAUAGACUUUCACUGUGAGAUGAACAAAAAAGUUCUUUUACUGGCGAUACUUUUCAUUCUUAAAAAUAAAACAAAAAAAGUGUUGAAAUAUUAGUUUGAUGUCAAUAUUGGUAAAAAUCUAAUGUUAGAGCUUGGGUCUUUUGAGGUAACUGAUCAAUUUAACAUUUGUACUUUCUAACUGUUCUUUUACUGUUUUCAUUCAUGCCAGUUACACUAUCUUUAGGAAGUAGUUGCUUAUAUUUCAAAAUAAAAGCAUAGUUUGACAAGGCAGAAAUAAUAAUAUCAAAGUUAAAGUAUAAUGAAAGAUAAUUUAUAAGGUAACAUCUUCUCCGGAGAAGUUUGAGUCUCAAAUUAAAUCAUAAAUUUGAACUUCAUCCAAAUAUAUGUCUAUAGGUUUAUUGUGUUUUAUUUGUGAAAGUUAUGAAUGAAUGUGUAAUUCCAUCAUAGGAUAAACUUUGCUUUCUUUAACUGAUUGUUUAGUUUUUAAUUUCUUAAAUAGAUACUGCAAUAAUAUCUUCAUCAUCACACUUUGUGGCCCAGAUGAUUGUGAAAAUCUGUGAAAGUGUGAAAUCUGAAAUCAUGAUGGCCUGACAUGUAAACAAUAAGUCAUUUGGCCCCACUGAGCAGGAUAAACUAAGACUCUGUGUGUGAAAAUGUCAUGAUUUUACACCCCAGAUCAAAUGAGGCAUUUAAACUUGAGUCACAGGCUGAAGUUCAUGAUGUUCCUGAAGCUAAAAAAGAUGGAACCGAAAAUAAGUUAAAAAAUCUGCCUUGAGGUUCAAAACACUGUCUCACUUUAAUGGAUUUGUUCAGUUCCUAAAUGAGUUUGUUCAGAAAGAAAGAACUGACUGACUGAGCUGUGACUGAAGGCUGAUGGAGAGUUUUAACGAAAGUGAUACAGAUGUUUCCUGAUGUUUCUUCUGUGAGCUGUUAAUGUCUAAAGUUAGUCUGUCAGUGCUCUCUGCUCAGGGAUUCAUCUAAAUAAUCAGCUCAUAUAUGGAGUAGUAUCAGAGGAAAGACAUGAAUCACUGCAGAUGGACUGAGCUCAGAAUGAUGAAGCUGAAGGUUCAAGCUCAUCUCCUUAUAUCAUCCAGUCACAGACUCAGCUCGCUGCUCUCUCAGUCAAUCACAAUGAUGAAUUGUACCUCUAAAUUUGCUCUCUUUACGAGUGUUUGGGAUGAAUCAAGGUUUGGACCUGGAGCUGCUCACAAUAACAGCAGCUAAAAACAUCAAAUGUCAAACGUUAAACUGAUGACGUCCUGGUAGAUGGUUGAUUCUGAGCUGUUAAAAGGAUUCAGGCGUAAAAUUAAGUUAGGGUCAAACACACUGUAACACCGAGUUAGACACCCCGUCCAGAGAUGAAUGUUGCCGACCGCUUGCGACUCUAGUUCAACUGCACAAUAGCAAUACAAAGAGCCACACGCUCAACCAAAAAGCCGCUCUAUAGCUACAAAUACUGCUCAGAACAGCAACUUACUUCAUCAACAGUACAUAUAGGGUCCCAGCCAUAGUACUAGCCAUCAAACAUCUUUUUAACUUUGCCUAAUUUCUUUAGCAAAGAGACUAAACAAAACUCGCCUACUCUCUUCCAGCAGCUGCUUGUUUGUACAGAGACCUCUGGGCGAGUCCAUCGACUGCAGCGGGGUGACGCAGCUCAAGGAAGAACAUAAAUGAUAUUUUUUUUUUAUCAUUUCCUUGAAGUAAUAAUAAUCAUAUUAAUCAUUUUGCACUUUUGCAGAAGCUGUAGUUCUUCUGCCUUAGCGUCUCGGUCUGAUUGCAUUUCCAUGAAGAAAUUAUCAUAAAUGUUCUUCCUUGAGCUGCGUCACCCCGCUGCAGCCGAUGGAUUCACCCGGAGGUCUUUGUACAAACAAAUAAAUAUCGGCUGCUGGAAGAGAGUAGGUGAGUUGUGUUUAGUCUCUUUGCUAAAGAAAUUAGGUAAAGUUAGAAAGAUGUUUGGUGGAUAGUGCUGUGGCUCGGACCCUAUAUGUACUGUUGAUGAAGUUCUGUUCUGAGCAUUAUUUGUGGCUAUAGAGCGCUGUUUUGGUUGAGGUUUGUGUGUGUUUCCAUGUACAACAUUAAACUGAUGACAUCCUGGUAGAUGGUUGAUUCUGAGGUGUUAACAUCAGGAAAAGUUUGAGUGAUAUAUUUUUGUCAUUGUCUAAACCUAGAUUCUGAUCGUCAGUAAUUUGAUCCUCGAUUUAGCUCAUUAUCGUCUCCAGGAUAAAAGACAUGAUCAACAUAAUGAACACUCCUGUUGAGCGGUUAUUACUCCACUGUAGACACAAACACACACACAUCAUCAGCAUCAUGCUGUAGUUGCUAUAAAAACACUUCUAACAGCCUGUCAAACUCACUUCACCUGUUUGUGAAGGUCAAAGUUCACCUUUACUGAUAUUACACAACUCAGGGUUACACAAUGACACGCAGCUGUGAUCCCUUCUCUCCUUACAGGUGACAGACACCCAUUGAACACAGACACACACACAGAUGAAAUAACAAAGACAGCAUGUAAACCGCAGAGGGUCUUCAGAUGAAAUUACUUUACAGUCACUGCUCAGAGUCUCUUCAGCUAAUAUGAUGUCAGAUUCAUCAGUGAGAAGAGAGUCAAAAGCAAAAAUUAACAGGAGCAGCUUUUCAAACAGGAUAGCGUUAGAUACCUAGACUCAUUAGCAGGAGUGAUUAUCAUGAUGACGAUGAUGAUCUGAAGCACCAGAGCUGCAAUCUGUCUAUUUAAACCAACACGCUGGUUUUUCUGAUGUGCACAGAUGAUGUUCAAAGAGCUUUUCAGAGCUUUAUGUGCUGCAGCAGAUAAACUAAAGCGAAAAUAAAAUAGCUCCUCAGAUAACUACGAUGGACUCGAGCAGGUUACAUUUCUGUGCCGUACUCAGAGAUCUUGUGUAUAAAUUGAUGUUUAGAUGAACUUUUUCAGAAAAUCAUGAUGGAGUUCACACACUCAGCUAAAAAUCAGUGACACCUGGUAUCUCUCUUUUUUGUGGAAACAUUAGAACGAAUGUCUCUUGGUGUUUCAAUCACCAUGAUUGUGUGUCAUAUUAUUUUUCUUUGUCUCUGUAUUGUAUUUAUAUUUUCUAUUUCAUACUCUUUUAUUCCAAAGUGGACCUACAGGAGUCUUUAGGGACUGUCUAAUCCUGGAGAAAACAUCAAAGAUUUAAAGUGAUUUCACUUAAGCUUUAAAAACUUUAUGACCUUCAGUCUUUUAGUAUUUAAAGAGUAAUAAUGCCGGAUUUUCGUCCUGGAUAAAUAAAUAUAACCUCAGUGAGUUUGUGUUUGUGACGCUGUGCUAAAGGUCUGAAACUCACCUGAGAGUGAGCUGACGCCUGACCUGGAUCCUUCAAUUACAGCUCACUCUGUGGAUUAUUUACAUGUCUGCCAGACAUGUGGUUACCAUGACAACAGGCAUGUUAUGACUCAGCUGUAAGUCUCCAUAUUCCUGGUGGAGCUUUUUCAGGUGCAUGCUGAGCUGCAGCUUGCUAUGCUCCUCCUGCUGUCCAGAAAUGAAACUGAAAAGAUAUGUUAGAUGUUAAAAACUGCAGCAGGGGGGAAUUUUUAGUUCAAGGUUUUGUUGUAGAAAGGUCUGAUUAUUUCUCUCAUUUUACCUUGCAAAUUUUUAGACUUUUGAAAAACCAGAUUUAAGCAUAUAAAAGUUAGUAGCCUGCAGUUUGUCCCUUAUGUAUUGUAGAAUUAAUUCCUCAGUCCUUGAGAGAAGGUCCACAACCUUGAGGUUGAUUGUCCACUAACUCAAAAAGCUCAGGAAUCUCAUCAAUACCCAUCAAAAUGUCAAUUUCAACAGUAAAACCAACUAUGGCCACCGCCUUAUACAGAAAAAGACAAAGUUGUGUAAAGUUGUGUUUUUCAACUUAUUUUAGAGAAAGCAUUAAGAACUAAAAAUUUAAACUCAAAACAACCGGACUGAAAGUUUUGACAUGAGGGUUGACAGGGACUUACUCACUGUGGGAUACAGCCUCUCGUGGACACUGAAGGAACCAUCGUUUUUGGACUUCAAGGGAUAUUCCGGCGUGAAAUUAAUUUAGGGUCAAACACACCAUAACACCAAGUUAGACACCCCCUUGAGAGAUGAAUGUUGCCGACUGCUUGCUUCUCUAGUUAUACCAACUUUAGUAACGACUGCACAAUAGCAAUACACAGCAAUCUUAGGAGCCAUAAACAAACUUCACCCAAAACAGCACUCUAUAGCCACAAAUAAUGAUCAGAACAGAACUUAACAACAGUACCUAUAUGGUCCCAGCCAUAGCACUAGCUACCAAACAUCUUUGUAACUUUACCUGAUUUCUUGAGCAAAGAGACUAAAUACAACCACCUACUCUCCUUCAGCAGCCGCUUGUUUGUAGCGAGACCUCAGGUUAGUUCAUUACGACUGCUAUGGGGUGACGCAGCUCAAGGAAGGAACUUUAAGAAAAUGAUAAAGUAAAGAUCAUAAAUGUUCUUCCUUGAGCUGCCUCACCCCGCUGCAGUCUGUAAUGGACUGGCCUGAGGUCUCGCUACAAACAAGUGGCUGCUGGAAGAGAGUGGGUGAGUUGUGUUUAGUCUCUUUGCUAAAGAAAUUAGGCAAAGUUAAAAAGAUGUUUGGUGGCUAGUGCUAUGGCUGGGACCCUAUAUGUACUGUUGAUGAAGUUAGGUGCUGUUCUGAGCAUUAUUUGUGGCUAUAGAGUGGCGUUUUGGUUGAGGUUUGUUUAUGGCUCCUCAGACUGCUGUGUAUUGCUAUCGUGCAGUUGUUAUAAAGUUGGUAUGAGUAGAGAAGCAAGCGAUCUCACUCAGUGUUACAGUGUGUUCGACCCUAAAUUAAUUUUAAGCCAGAAUAUCCCUUUAAGAGUUUGCCUCCUCUUAUACAGUGUAAUGAUACUGUUGUAGAUGAUGAUGAAAAUGGUCUUGUAUCAUGACUAUGAUCCCCCUCCCCUGUAGACCAGCUGAAGUCAGUCAUGGAGCAGGUCCUGGACUUUGCUGUGCGGGAGCUGACAAAGAUCGUGGAGGCGUCUUUUGACGACCUGCUGCUGGAGAUCACAAAGAUGGAGCGCGAGCAUCAGGUGCUGGAGGAACGGCUCGAUAAGGGAGGAGGAGGCAGCGGGGGUGAAAAGGGAAGAGGAGGAGGAGGAGGGGGGAGGAGGAGGGGCUCUGAGAACGACUCUGUGUCACCCAGUGACUCUGAAGACGCCCGGGAGGAGCUUGCCGAAGUCCUGUCAUCCAAGAAGAUGGCGAGGAGGGAUGGUGAGUGAAACAGGAUGUUUGUUUAGCUCCUCUCCCUGCUGUGACGUCACAGUGACGUCAUCGUGUCUGGAAUUUAAUUCACCUUUAUCUCUUCUCCUUGUUUUUCAUCCAAUAUUUAAUCUUUUUAUUUUUGUUGUUGUUUUUUCCACUCUUUCACCUACUCUCUUAUUCUCCCCAACACCACCUCUUUCACCUUUUUUCCUUGUCUCCUUCCUUGUCUCCUACCUGACCCCUAUUUUUUCUCUCCACUCCUUCUUUUUACCUCCUUUUUCUCAUCCCUUUCUUGUUUUCUGGUUCUGCCUGAUGCUGUCUCCCCUUUCCCUACCUCCUGUCCUUUUUCCUGAAAUCGUUACUCUCCAUUCUACUUUCUCCAUCCCUCCUUUUUUCCCCCCCUCUCUCCUUUCUUUCUCCCUUUCCCGCCUCAGACCAGGACCCUGCCCCUGUCCUCUCCUCCUCUCAGGACUGGGUUCCCAUUCUGGACAAAGUCUUUGGUCAGAAGUGGUGCAGCGAUGAAGGUGGGCGGAGUCUGAGUGAAGGUGGGGCAGGGCAGGUGCAGCCUGCCCCUGCCAUGACUAUGGAGCCCUCCCCCUCCUCUCCCCAGCAGGACCCGCGCUGGACGCCCCUGGAGGACAUGGAGGUGUUCUCACCUGACGAGGAGGAAGGUCACGGGAACAGGGGGGGAAGAGGACCCUCACCUGGACCUCCCCUCAGCCCCACAGGUGAGACACAAAGACAGUCCAGUAAGAGGAGUCAUGCAGAAAUAAAACAAUGAAACAACAAACAAAUAAAACUCAGAAAGUCAAAAAAUUCUUUAUUUAAAUGUGCAAGAAUUUUCUACAAAUAAGAUAAACUUAAAAUGUUUUUGAUCUGGACUGUAAAGAGUUUAAAACACAAAAGUUGAAAAUAAACAUAAAUCUGCCCUGUCGUCACUAACAGCUUCUGUUCUAGCUGCUGAGCUCUGUUCCUGUUAGACAGUCAUGCACACACACACACACACACACAUACACACCAACCACACCCCUAAUGAGUGCUGCUGCUGCAUAAUGCACAGAGGGAAACUCCUAAUGUAUAAACUGAACACACUCCUAUACUGUACCAGCUCCUUAAGCAAACACACACAUGCUGUUUGCUCGGAGUGUGUCUGUGUUUAUGUGUGUGUGUUACACUCCACACUGCCCUCUGCUGGACACUUCCUUUACAUGUAAACACAUCUGGAUCUGCAGCAGCUCUGAAUCAGUUAUUGUGUGGUUUAUUUACAUUACUCUGAGGGUCAAUGAACGCCUCGUGUCUCUCUGAUCAGCACAGUAUAAACUACAGUGUUAUGCUGGUUGAUAAGUUUUAUUAUUGAUAUUAAUAAAGAUGCUUCAGCUGUGCCAUAAAUAAAACAAAACUAAGGACCCAAUUUCUUUCAUUCACUGAUACAGCUUAAAAAAAGGAAAGUCAUGAAAAAGUUUUAAAAAUUCUUUAGUAUUUAAUCAGAAAGAUAAACUUAAAUUUAUUCUUAAAUUUGUGACAUAUGAAGGGAAAUACCUCAGACCUUUUCUUAUGACUUAUCACUCGUGAAAAUAUCCAGUAUCUCACUUGAUUAGAAUAUUUCUUUAAAUCAGUCAUAAAAACGAUUAUAAACAAAGUAAUCUUCUGCAAAGUCUGCUCUGAAAAGUCUUCCCAUACAUUUCUGCAUCAAUGCAUCAUGGAGGCUCUCAGCCUGCAGCUCCACAGAUCCUCUUUGGGCAAGUUGGCUGGACAAUCAAACACAGUAAUACCACAGUCAGCAAACCUGUUUCUGGUAGUUCUGGUGCUGUGGGCAGGUGCCAGGUCCUGCUGGGAAAGGAAAUCUGCAUCUCCAUAAAUCCUCUCAGCAGAUGGAAGCAUUAAGGGCUCUAAAAUCUCCUGGUAGACUUUAGGCUAUGCUGGUACUGGACUUGAUAAAACACAGUAGGUCAACAACAGCAGAUGACGUGAUACCCAAAAUCAUCACAAACUGUGGAAGCUUCACGCUGGACUUCAAGCUCUUCAGAUUCUGGGCCUCUCCAGACUUCCUCCAGACUCUUGGAGCCUUAUUUUCCAAUGAGUUUCUAAAUGUACUUUGACCUAAAACAAGACUUUGGACUACUGAGCAAUGGUCCAAGUCCUUUUCUUUUUGGUCCAGGUGAGACUUUUAUCACGUUGUCUCUGGCUCAACUUGGCUGAACUCGACACUUGUAGUCCAUUUCCACAAAAGUCAAACCUGACAGUAGAUGUGCAGUAUUUUAUCGUCACUGUGCUUGAUGAUCUGUUGGUUUUCUGGUCGUCUCCAGGUCCUUCAGGUCGUCGCUCCUCGGCCUCCAUGCUUCAUCGUCUCCUCACUUUGCCAUCUCAGCUGCUGGAGGACGAAGAUGAAGACGCUGCCGCCGCCAAGGAAACACUGGCUGCUUUUGCUGCCAAUGGGGAAGAACCGCCCAUCCCUGUCUGCCCGUCACCCCCGGCAACCAGGGAGGAGGAAGAGGAGGAGGAGGAGGAAGAGGGAGAAGAGGAAGAUAAAGGGAGAAAGGUGAGCGGAGGAAUAACAGAACAGCCAGAAUUAGUCUCUCAAAGGGUGAUUCUGUCAUUUUUUACAUCCUGAUUAAAAAGAAAGUCUAACAUGUUUGAUACAACUGAAAGAAACUGCAAAUAUUAAGAUUUAGCUUCACCUCAGGACAGUUUCUCCUGCACUGAUCACAUCUGUCCUUCUUCCUCUUCCUGUGCAGAAGAAGAGGCGGAGGGUCUGGUCAGAAUGCGAGGAGUGCGGUCGGAGGUUCAGCCGGAUGUCUCUCCUCAAAGCUCAUCGCCAGACUCACAUCGCAGAGAAUGCCGCCGCUGACACCUCGUCCCCAUCGUCUCCGCCUAGUGGCUCCACUUCUGCCCUGCGCUGCUCAGAGUGCGGGAAGAGGUUCUCCUCAGCAACCCGGCUUCACAGCCACGUCCGGACCCAGCACCCCGGACACCGAUCCUGAACACGAAGGGAGGAGGAAGUCUAUGAGACUUCAGUGGGAAGAUCAUCUGAGUCUAGAACAAAACAAAACCAGGAAAUUCAGACAGGAGGAUCCACAGGCCAGAACCAGAAACCAGGAAACAUAUCCAGAAACAUGAAACCAGUACCAGAGCCAGGAACCGCAAACCAGAAACCAGAGCCGGAACCAGAAGCCAAAAACAGAAAGCAAACACCGGAACAAGAAACAUGAACGUGAAACCAGAAACCAGAAACCAAAACCGGAAACCAGAUUCUACGAAAGGGAAAUCUGACUGUCUCUGAGUCCAGCUUAGAGGCUUUUACUUGGAAGGAAAACAGGAAGUUUAAUGUAAAAAAAACAUCUUUUUGACAGGCAGAGAUGCUUUUACUUUGAAAUAGAAAACUGACACCACGCAUUCUGCUGGGUUUACACACAGAGAGACUUUUAUUUUGAAACACAACAAGAAGACGCAUCAACUCUGCCGAAAACUGGACUCAGUCAGUUCAGAUGCUGACAGAUCUCUGUGAAGCUCUGAUUUUUAUUUUUAUCAGAAACAUUCAGGUUAUUUUACCGUUAACAUUCUGCAGAACCCGAGAGGCUCUGCUUAACAUUUUACUCUCAACAAAUCAGCCAAAGUCAGCUGAGAUUUUCUGCAACAAUCAGAAACCAGGAGCCGAGUGUAUGAGGCGGGCUGAAACAGAGACAGCUGCGACUUAAACGGCUUUACAUUGAGUACACUGAGUUGAACUGACAGACAUCACAGCUGUGACGGUCUGAUGCUGCACUUUCACCUGAUCUGUCACCUGAUCCCUGCAAAGACGUGAGUGUUGACAAGUAAAACCCGCUCUUACACCUUACUCCUCCUUUUUAUAAGCCUGUAGUCUUCAGACUAGUAUCGCGCUGAGGCUUAAGCAGACACCAUGUUUCUGUCUGACACACAUUUCUAAAAAAUUCAAUAAUAUAGCCUUAAAUUUUAACUUAAUCAGGGUUUACCUGAUCAUCAAACAGUCUAAGAAAACUGAGUAUCAGUCGGAUCACAGAAAACUCGUUUUGUCUGAGUGUCCUUACAGAUAUCACGUAGUUUAAAGGAACCCUGCAGGGUAAGAUAUGUGGUCAGAUAAACGCCACUAUAUUUUCGAUAUAUGCAAAAAAAAAAAAAAAGUAAUUCCUGCUCUAAUUUGCUCUGUGAUGUCAGAUUGUUGUUGCAUUAUGAAUGUAUAACAUGAAUCUGUUAAGAGCUGUGAGUCUUCCCGAAACGUUUCCUGAUGUGUGGCAUCUGUCAAGCUUUUUUCAGUAGGGUGAGUGCAGUGUUAGUGAGGACAAUGACAAAGGAGUGAGGAUCAAAAAGAGGACCGUAAGAGAGGAGGGAGGGGAGCGAAAAAGAUUAUAUCUGUGUCGAUACAGUUUGCAGUGGUUUCUGUGUUUUAGUAUGAGGUCUACAAAGGUGAUACUUUGUAGUUUUGUAGUUUGUUAUCAAAUUGAAAAGACAACAGACUAGAGUCUUUGUUUACAAUGACAUUAAAAAAUCUGGGUGAGAAGUAGUUUUAUUACUGCACAUCUGCUUUUGUUAUUGAAGCAUGCGGAGUCAUAGACCUGCAUUAUAUCAGGAUGUGCAAACAAUAGAGAUACAUCAGAUCCUGCUGUCUAUGUUUAGGAAGAAACAGAGCAUAAAAAACAGAUAGAACCUCUCUGGUUAUCUCAUACUGAUCCACCCUGAUUGCCGCUUCAUGCUGUACUCACAUCAUUGAAAAAAGCUCAGCACGUGUCGCUCACGCAGGCAGCAGCAACCAUCCGAUCUCACAGUAAAAAAUAACGAUACAGUUAUCAAAAUGAAGAAAAUUUUCAUCUGUUUUGUUCAAAACAAAACAUGCUGACAUUGUGCUUUAAAGGUAGAAUUGAGCAACAUUUAUCCAAGCAGACCCAGUAAAAAAUAAAUAUUUUAGUGUUCAAUCAGCUGGGUAUAAAAAAAGUCAUCUUGUGUUUGUUAACUCAGAAUGAGCCUUUGUUUCUGUGUUUAUACAGUAGACCAGAAGGGACAAACUAGUAACAUACAUAUUUUUGAAGAGGGAGUACAGAGUGGUUAUUCUUGUGUGUAAAGAAUUUGUUUUGAUGGUAAAAAAACAAAACAAAAAAACAAAAAAACAAAAAAAAAGUAGGAUCAGACUUUUCAGGCAUCACAGAAGCUUUUUGUCCUCUGAGGCCGCCGUAGCUUCACUAAAAGGAGGGGUGAGCAAGGGAGCAUUUCUGUCCACAAUCUGACUACUAGACAUUAGUACUAGAUAUUCAUUUUCCUUUCCAAACCUGCUCAAUCUGAAAAAAACACCAGGUGUAAUGCAAACAUGGUAAUGGUAAACACCCAUCUCAUGCACUCAGCUCCUGAAACAAUGAUUGAAGCUAAAAUAUUAACAAAUGCUAAAACUUGAAUCUGGACCAGACGAUGCUCAGACGUCACAGGAAAGUAAAAUCCAAGAAUCAACCGAAAAUAGAAACUGAGGUGGUAAAACGAAGCGCUCGCCGAGGAGGCGUGGCUCUGAAGGGAAGAAGACACCUGACCUCCUGCUGUACAUCCACCUCCCUUCUUCUUCUUCUUGUACUCCUGUAAAAUACGUCACAUCCUCCUCGUCCACAGGAAGCAACUCCAGCCACUGCAGGUGAGCAUCGGCCGGGCAGGUGAGAAAUGUUUGCAAUAAGCUCGCCGCCGCCACCUCAGCAGUGGGACAGUCGGAGCACCACUUCCUGGUUGUUGAUGGCUGUGUGGUGGUGUUGUGGUGGAUUUGUACAGCGUGUACGUUGGCUCACACAGGACAAAAAGUGACCUUUGAUUUUUCUACUGUUUGUUUUUAAAGUGCUCUUUUUUUCUGGACAGAUUUUUGUUUUUUAUUGACGCAGUUUUGGAUUAUCGUCAGGUGCAUUUUCUCGUCAUGUUUUAGAUUUUCAGACGAUGUUUUUAAGGAUUUUCGUGUCACUUCUUGUUCAGACGGCAGGAAGAGAAACUGUCGAUUGUUUGGACUCGUUGAAUGUGAAUCUCUGCAGUUUUUAACCUCUUUUCUUGUACAGUUUUUACUUUACGACAGAACUGACAAUGAAAACGAGAGAAAAAGGCAGAAGGAGGAAGAUCUGACUUCUCUGCCUCCUUCUGUCUCUCCUUACAUCCUUCCUUCCUUCUAUCCUUCACUCUCCUCUCGUUUUUCAGUCUAGUUCAUGUUUUCACACAGAAAUACCUCUGAAACAAAAAGCUGGAAAUGACUAUAUGUUACAUUUUUUUUAAACAAACAUACAAACACACAGCGCUCCUCUGGCUUCAGCUAACCAAGUUAUUAUUAUUAAUAUUAUCAUUAUAAUUAUUAUAAUUAUAAGUUAUAUUUAUAGUUAUACAUUAGAUCUGUACAGAGGCCCAUGACUGCCAGGAGAAAAAAAAAUAUUCUGAUUGAAAUUUAAUCAAAUUGUAGUUCAUUAAGAGAAAUUAAUACUUCUUCAACUUUGAAGAUUUCAAGUUCCAGGCCAGUUUUCUGUAGAUGUGGAAUAAUUUAAUAUAAAUCUAUGAGAUUUGGAUUUAAUUGUAGACUAAGAAAAGUUUAGUUUUUUCUCCUUGUCUUGGUCGAAACUUUCCUCCAUAAAAAAAAUAAAUAAUUCAAUAUGAAGCCAAUGUCAAUACUUAUCUGCAAAAACCUCACCUGUGAUUUUUUUUCUUCACAGAUGUAAAAGAAAUGAAUUAUAAAAAUUAGGUUGCAUGAUACAUAAACAGAAAAAAACUGUCUUAUUUUUGUUUGAAUACGUAUAUAUUUUAGCAGACAAAGAGCAUUUUCUGCAUCAAUUCUGUGAAUGAUUUUCCUCUGGUUUGAAUUUACAUAUCUUUCCAUCUAGUUCAUAUCUGUAUGGAAGCCUGUUACUGUCAGGGAAGAGAAAAAAGUGUAGAUGUGGUUGAAUCCUAAAUUAGUUUGAGUUACUACAAAAGCAACCUAUUUAAAUUUAAUGAAGAAAUUAAAUGCUAAGACAAUUAAUUUAAUUAUGAAAGUAUUAACACCAGAAAUUGGUGCUUUAUCUACUCAUGGGCUCAUUUUUUUACUCAUUUAACAUUUGCAGUUAAAUUCAAACAAACCUUUGAUUUAUUAAACGUGUCCAUUUUUUCAAUUAACUUUGUUGUCUUUAAGAAUUAAAAAUUAAGUUCUCAGAAAGUCUUUUCCUAAAAAAGAGGGGAUUGUCUUAUGUUCAGGUGAACACAGUAACUUGUGAUACCUGCUCUGUACUUAGAAGAUCAAAUAGGCAAAUCUGAAAGUACCUGUUUUUCAAAAUUAAUGAUUAAUGAUUUUUUAGGUAUGAUGUAAAAAUUUGUCCUGUCAAACCUUUUUUCUUUCUUUUAAAGAUCUUGGUUAACGAAUAAUCAAACUGUCAGCUUCAAAAAGGAAAAUUUACCAUUUUUUGAGGCAGUUUGUUUUCUGUUUUAAUAACAUGCACAGAAAAUGAUCAUGUUUUAAUUUUUUUUAUCAACAAUUUACAGCAAACUUUUUAUUCUUGUUUCCUGGCAGAAAUUGUCUUUCAUUAAUGAUUUCAGUGACUUUCUGAAAUCUGAGCUGAUGCCUUUAAACAGCUUUUAUAUUCUGUCCAGUUACUUUGAAAAAUUUAGUUUAUGAAAAUAUAAAAUACAGAAAAACAAGCAAAAGAAAACUUUAAUAUGAUGUCCUGAUUCUUUUUAGUCAGCUUAAGACUGAACAGAUUACAAACUUAUGAUCAAAAAAGACAAUCCUCAUCAAGAGUCAAAAAUUUUCAACAUUAAAACAAAAUUGCUAUUUAUCCUAAAGGGGAGAAAACAUGUUUUAAUGUUAAAAUAACUUUGUUUUGGAGUUACACAAUUUAAAUUUACAAAUUAUGGAAUAAUCAAAAGUUUACAGUCAAUCAAACUUUCUCAUGGCAGAAAUGAGCUUCCAUAAAAAAAUGAAAUAAUGACAAAUCUCUACAGAAAUUUAUCUAAAAGCACCAAAUGACACAUGAUGAGAGUGUGAGAAGAAAUUUUGUUACAGCUGUUAACACUGAAAAUUACAGGGCUGCCUGUUGGUCCUUGAAUGCCUUAUGCUGCAUUGAAAUCUAGUGUGAGCCACAUUAAUUCUUGAAUGUGGUUUGAUGUUCAUAAACUCUUGAUUCUGUAUUUAUUCAACUCUUAAAGAGUUCAAAACAGAAAGUCCUCCUGCCUAAAUAUUGCGCAAAAUUAAAAAUGGGAAAGUGUUGGUUCAACAGCUUCUUCUCACACGUCCAUUUCUGUCCAAUUAUGAACAAUUUUCACACCAAAACUAAAAAAUGGCACCUUCUCUUGCAAAAAAUGGAAAACAUAUUUUUAUACAUCUUUUAGAUUAUAUGACCUUGAGCUAAAUUUGAAGAAAUUUAAGGGAUGCCAAAGAUGGAGUUAAAUUGACAUCGACGCCAGUUUGCGUCUAAAUCUUGUGAAUUUUAAGGGAUAAAAAAGAGGGAAGACCUCUCUAAAUGUGAUGAAAAUAAGCCUCCUGAAACACAGCAGACUCUGUUGACAGUAUUAAAGUUUUAUUCUGAUUAUUCCUUCUCAUCCAUCUGUUUGCAAUGUAACCCUGUGUACAACAGCAACAUCUUCUUUGGAGGGAGGGCUGGGGAAGGAUGAGAUAAAUAUAUAAAUGUAUAUCAUCGAUGUAUCCUGAUGAUUUUGACCUUCUGAUGUUGUUUGUGCUCCGCUGUGCUUCAGCACUAACCAUCCUUUUUAAUCUGAGCUGUAAAUAAGCCCCUUUUUCUAACCAGAAGGUGGAUCUGUUUUUACCUGUUUGAACAAAGACCUGAAGCAAUAUAAAGCUGAAACUCUGUUGAGCAGCCUGCUUUGGUUACAUGUAGAAUAAAAACCUAUCCACAGCUGCUGGCGAAAAAUAAACCAUAAAAUAACAAAAAAACACUUAAUAAUGAAACAUCCAGGUGGUUUAAUUUCAGAGACCAGGUUUAGGGGAAAGGUUAACAGUUUAGGUUUUGAGUUUUUCCUCUGCUCGAAGAACUCCAGCUUAUUUUCUUGCUUUUCUGAAUGUCUGAAUGACUUAAACCGCUUUUCUGCAAACCUCUCUCAUUUUCCAGCUUGUUGCACUUUCAGUCUCCUCGUCUUCAAAAACCUCAUUUUUCUCGUUACACAUUUCAGAUGUUGGAUUGUUUUUUUUUUCAACACAGACCUCAUUACCUCAGCAGGUGUACAGCAGUGAUAUUUGACUACCAUAAUGUAUGACUUUUUAUUUUAUCUGUUUUAGUUUGGAUGCGUCUCAGGGUUAGGAUAGGCCUAAAGCCUCAGAGUAAAACUACAAACUGAAAGCGCACAACCCUCUCAGGUUUAGAGACAUUUACAAGAAAAUUCACCUCACAGAAGGCUUUAGAUAUGAAUUAUUUAAAGCCUUUUAAUUCUACUUUUAAAGUUUUUAAGAGCACAGCAAGAUCCUUGAAGUAUGGAUGCUCUUUGAUGUCAAUUUAAGCAAAAAUGAGCCAAAGUUGGGAAUUAAGAAAGACAAAAAUGAAAGAAAAAAAAAAAACACAUUUAAGGCAAAAGGUUGCAAACUAGAUUAACUUUGGUCCUAACCUGCUUUUAAAUAGUCUUCAUUUUCUUCAUUUUUUUGAAAUAAAAAAGUUAAAAUAAUUUUGAGUUCUUUUAAAUUAAGUUUUACAUGGAAAUAAUGUGAAAAAAUGUGGAUCAGAGUUAACAGAGUGAGAAGAAGUUAGGAUCACAAAUCUGAUAUGUAGAUAAACAUGAUUCAGUAUGUCAUUUUUUCCUAACAUGAGUUUUUUAGUGUUUAGAAAUAUUACUUUGGCCUUUUUUUUUUUUUUUUGCUCAUUGACAUUUGUCAUUAAUGGACCUCCGUGAUUUGUUCUAUACUGUUAUUAAGCUCUUAUCACGUAAAAAAAUGAACAGUGGUAUUCUUAUGCUGGAAAAAAAUCUUUAAAACAGUAAAAAUAAAAAUUAGUAAGUUCAAAUAUGCAGAAAAUCUUUAAUUUAAAUUAAUUAAAACUGAUUGUUUUGAAAGUUUCAUGCCUCAAUGUGUUUCUCCAGCUUGACUAUCUGCAGCAGUAAGUUGUGAGAUUUUUACAGGACAACAGCUCCUCACUGCACUGCGUUUUCAUAUAAAUCCCUCAGAGAAAAAACCUUGUAUCUCCACAUACCAUCUUUUAAUACUACCUGAGAUGACACCAACAGAAACAGGCGAUAAAUUUGAGAAUAUGUGGAGGUUACAAGGUUUUCUAGCCAACCCCAGCUCCUGCUGACCUCGUUUACAAAGCCAUACAGGGGAGAAAUGUGUCUGAGUGGAAGUACACUCGAAAGGGAAACAGUGAAAUAGGAUGAUGAACCUUGAAGUUCUCGUCAGGGACUCCUCUGUGAUGAUUGUGGCGCCCUUUGUUGACAAGGUGGCAAUUUUAUUUUGUUGCUGAUUUAUUUUUGUCAAUCAAACUGCAGCAAAAACAGACCUGAUUUUUUUUCAUCAUUUUUCAAUUAAAAGUAUUCGAAAUGAUUUAUCUGACCAGCAAAAGUCAGUCAGCAAAAGUCAGACAUUACUAAAGCAUGUAGAGGACAAGACAAAGACUGCUUUGUCCACAGGGGGCACCACCUGAAAGUUCCACACUGUAGUUUUAAUUUUCAGAGAUAAACUUAAAAAUAUAAAAUGUGAACCCUGUCAUUUCAAAUUUGUAGUCACCUUAAGUCCUCACAAACUUGUUUUACAAAUAAUUAUCUAAAUAUUUACAGUCUUUUGCUUUAUAUUAUAAUAUAUUUGUUUUAACACUUGGUCCAUCUUUAUGGAGGAAAUGCUGAAUAGUUUUAAUUUUGUGUAUAUAUUGAAAUUAUCAGAAAAAAAAAAAUCUGUUUAAAAUAUUUUGUGGGUUCUGUUCCUGUGAUCCAGAAUUGUAAAUCAGUCAUUAGAGCAAAAGAAUAUUCCACCCGGUGCAUUUCUCCCCACAUCUUGUCUUGAUGGAGGGCAUGAAUGAAACCGUUUUUUUUUUUUUAAUGAAAACAUAUUUAAAGCACUGAGACGCAUCCAGACACCUCAAAUAUGUACAUAUCUCAGAGCACAUCUAGACUCUUGUGAGUUUAUUUGGUUUUUCAGCAGUUUUCUGAAAAGCGGUUUUGUUGUUGAGUAGACAAAGUUUCAGUUCAGCCUCUUUGUUGAAGGGAACAAAGAGAAAGAAGGGAAUAUAAAGAGUUUGACCUGGUGCCCAAAGGGGGCGCCAUCUUUGGAAACAACAGAAAUAUUAAAGGGUUAAUCUGUACAUAAGGCAGGAGUUCCUCAGAGAAUGAUCUGAGGUCCUCCAGUUUUCAACACAAACGAGGGAACGAUGAGCUGAAAGGGAUGUUUAAGCUUUUUUAAAAGUUAAAAUGUUUUACUUUGUGUUGUUUUUAUGGACAGGGAAACAAGACUUGUAUUUUAACUUCUGUUUCGACUCCCUGUAUAAUCUCUGAACACUUGUGUUCUUGUUUGUCAAAGAUAAUUCAUCUCAGUGCUUGGAUUUGAUGCAAUACUUUUGAUAAAAUGUGCCCUUAUUUUGUAAAUCAGCAGCCUAAUGAAACCAAAUCUGACAGUUUCUUAUUUAAUCGUUAAAUUCAAAGUUCUGGAGGUGAGUGAUGUGGAAGGUGGGGACAGUUUCACCUUCAGCAGGGAAAUUAUUCAGAUUAACUCAGAAUUGAUAUGACCUUUGACCCUUCUGUGACCAAUGUCAAUUUGAGUGAUUAUUGCCGACUUUUUCCACCUGAAGGCAGUGAAAUGUUCUCUGUUGUGAUUGGCUGUUACUUUGUUUGUUGAUCACAGCACUGUCUGAAUGUCCAAACGCCAAGUUACAGCUGUCUGCCAUGUUAAUGAUGAUAAUGAUGAAGGCCAUGGUGAUGGUGUUUUUGUUUUUUAAUUUUUAUUACCUGUUUAAGUCCAUGUGACUGGGUACUUUUUAGUGUUUAAACUCAAAUAAAACCAAUAAAUGUUCACAACUACCAG